AUGCAUCCCUCGAAGGGGGCCACAGAACCGGUCGGAGUGCGAACGAAUUUCCAUCUCCAAUUCAUUACAACUCCCACUUCCGAUACUCCAGGGACGUCGCUAGUACUACAUUUCGACUCCAAGAGAUACAUAUUUGGGGAGAUCACCGAAGGAACUCAAAGAGCAUGUAUACAACGUGGAAUUGGACUUCGUAAAGUUCGUGGUCUGUUCCUCUCGGGAAAGACACUCUGGAACAAUGGAGGGCUCAUUGGCCUCAUCCUCACAAUGGCAGAUGUACAGCAGUCAGAGGUUGAUGAAGACACCCUGAGACGGCCCAGACUGCACAUACAUGCAGGCCCGAAGCAGCUCCACUCAUUUGCAUGUGCACGAAGAUUCGUCUUUCGUACGGGAAUGCCGUUGUCAGUUCAUGAGGUCGAUGUGCGCAAAAACAGGACCGAUCCCAAGCCGAUCUAUGUGGAUGAGCAUAUCCGCGUAUGGGCACUGCCCAUUGAGGACCGCUCUACCACUUCACUGCUACACGAGAAACCCGACGAUGCCACCGUUGAUGAGUUUCAAUUGGAAAAAGACCAAACCUUGCGAAAAGAAGUUGUCAACAACAUGUUCGACUCUGAUUGGAGACGUGAUCAUCUUCUGCAGGCCAAGCUCAAGGACAUCAAACUACCGGCAGUAGUGUGGGUGAGGGAUCCCGAUACGAAGGCACUGAUCACUUAUCCCGUUUUUGACAUCAGUAAAACUACCCUUACGCCGGACACGGAGGUGCUGGUCCGCAGCCCCUGGCCUGCCUCGACUGUGCAGGAGCUACCACCAGCUAGGGGCUUGCCGGAAACUGUCGCGAUGUCCUACAUUGUCAAGGGUCAUCCUCAGCGAGGGAAUUUCGAUCCUGCAAGAGCAAAAGCCCUCGGUCUGCGGCCCGGGCCAAAGUAUGCGAAGCUGGUAGCAGGACAAUCCGUUGAGAGCGAUGAUGGUACGAAAGCCACAAUCACCCCGGAAAUGGUCUUGAGCCCAACUCGGCCGGGAAGAGGGUUUGCCUUGUUCGAUAUACCCUCAAUCGGCUAUCUUGAAGAGCUCGAGCGACAACUGGAUGGUCAGGCAGACUGGAUUUUGGAAGGAGUCGAGUCCGCGAUCUGGAUGACCAAAGGCAAAGUGUUACAAGCGGAGAGAUUUCACCAACUGCUUCAUAAACUGAAAAACCUGAAGCAUGUCAUUUCAGAUCCACAUUUAUGCAACGACUAUAUCGCCUAUGAUUCCUUCGCCGUAUCGUCUGCCAGACUGUCCAAGAUCGCGCCGGACCUGUUCUCGGUUCCCCGAUUCGAUAAUUCAAGUGCGUAUCGGACAAUUAUCGAUAAACCGAUGGUUGAGCUGGGCAAUGUCUUCGACGAGCUCCAAAUCAUACCGGCGAGAAGAGGUCUGAAAGUUCUUGUCGAGCCCCAUCUUGCCAUUGACGAAGGUGAGGUCGAACCAGGCCUUGAUCUAGACUCAUUCGCAAUGCCCAUAGAACCAGCAGUACAAGAGGCAUUGCCACAUGGCGUGUCAUCGCACAAGGCUCCGACUUCUGAGUUCAAAAUGGGCACGGAUUUGGAUGAGCCGGAAAUUGUAACUCUAGGAACCGGUUCCGCAGCUCCGUCAAAAUACCGCAAUGUCUCUGCUGUCCUUCUUCGCAUGCCCGAUGGGAUGGGGGACUACCUUUUCGAUUGUGGUGAAGGUACUCUCGGUCAACUGAAAAGGCUCUAUAACGCUGAACAACUGGACGACAUUUUAUCCAACCUCCGGGGGAUCUGGAUAUCGCACCUUCACGCAGACCAUCAUCUGGGCACAGUGUCUAUCCUGAAAGCUGUAUUCCAAACCGCUCAGAGACUGUCGGAUUCUGGACAACGUGCUCGCUCACCACCUCCAUAUCUGUUCUCCGAGAUCAACAUGAUUGAUUAUUUGGACGACUACGAAUCUGUUAUGGGCAUACCAACCGAUAUGCUCUGCACCCCCAUCGCCUGUGAUCCCCACAAAGGACUAUUCCAUCGAAGCAGGCACUUUGAGAUGCAGAGCGACCUUUACAUCAGUAAAUUGCGCACCGUCAAGGUUAGUCAUUGUCAUGGAGCGCAAGCCGUCUCUGUCACCUUCAAAAACGGGUUCAAAUUCUCCUACAGUGGCGAUUGUCGUCCCAGUGAGGCUUUCUGUGACAUUGGCGCCGGUUCAGACGUCCUCGUACACGAAGCCACCUUUGACGAUGGCAUGGAGGGCGAUGCUAUGGCUAAAAAGCACAGCACGACAGGCGAAGCUGUGGGUGUCGCACUGGGCAUGCGUGCCAAAAACCUCAUCCUCACACAUUUCAGUCAGCGUUAUCAGAAGAUACCCGUCUUCAGUAGUGUGCGAAUGCCGGAGCGUGUGUCUGAAGAAGACUUGCUUGACGACGUUGAUGCCGAGCUGAUGAACACAAGCGCCAAUGGCAACGAAGACGGCCUAGAAUCAGAGCAUCACUCUGCACAAAACGCGGAUUCCUCUGCAUGGAUUCGACCCGACUCCGCUGUGCGUGAUCUCAACAUCGCUGUGGCUUUUGACCUGAUGCACAUACGUGUCUCGCAGAUUCAACACAUGAAAAGUCUCUUCCCCGCAAUUUCCAAGAUGUUUGAGAUAGAGGAGGAAAAGAGAGAUCGGGUGCGCAAGGAGGCAGCUGAUCAACAGAAAGCGGAGGUAGAAAGCAGGAAACUCAAGAGGCUGCAAGCCAUGGAAAAGAACAAGGAGAAGCACAAGAAAACCAACAAGAAAAGGAACGGGAGAGAAGGAGCCACGAAUGGGCCACAGAGUCAGCCAGUGUCUGGCGCAGCGGCCAGCAAUUCCGACCUCCCCUCUGCACUUGAAGCACGCAAGGCGGAAUCCACCACAACGACCAACGGCGUUGAAAUCGGUAAGACACGCGACACAAGUACUACCAGUGAGGGUGUGAAUGCUAAGCGUGCCCAGACCGGUGACGGCGGCGAGGUGGUGCCAACGUUGGACGUGGCAGCAGGAGGCGGCGUUUCAGCAGACCUCAUCCCAGAACAGAGGCCUGGCGAUGGUGAGGUACGCGGCACUGAGAAUCAAACUGCAGUCAAAAGGCGCAGAAUUGAAUGA